CCUCCAUAUAACAUCCCUUCCUUGGUUGUCUUCUCUAUAAGCAGCCCCAGGAAAUUCCUAGGUGGGUCAAACAUGGCUAACCUUCUCACAACAGCCUCGGGCUGCUUCUUUUCCUUCACAAUAAUCCUGUUUUCUUCCUUGUCAACCUUCUCCUUUGCCUUAACUAAUUCAGAAGCAUCUCUCAUUGCCCAUCGGCAGCUCUUGACGCUGCGCGAAAAUGAACAGCUUCCUAACGAGUACGAAUAUGAAGUUGAUGUUAAAGUAACAUUCGCAAACCAGAGGCUAAAGAGAGCAUAUAUAGCUCUCCAAGCUUGGAAAAAAGCAAUAUACUCUGAUCCAUUUAAUACAACAGGAAAUUGGAUUGGCGCCCAUGUCUGUUCUUAUAAUGGUGUGUUUUGUGCGCCUGCACCUGAUGACCCGAAAUUGAGCGUCGUUGCAGGUGUUGAUAUUAAUGGAGCUGACAUUGCUGGUUACCUUCCAGCUGAACUAGGGCUUAUGACAGACCUUGCAUUGUUUCACAUUAACUCCAACAGGUUCUGUGGAAUUGUUCCUGAGAGCUUUUCCAAGCUAAUACAUAUGUAUGAAUUUGAUAUAAGUAAUAAUAGAUUUGUUGGUGAGUUCCCGAAAGUUGUUCUAUCGUGGCCGGAUUUAAAGUAUGUAGACAUCAGAUUCAAUGAUUUCGAAGGGUGUUUGCCUCCGCAGGUUUUCCUGAAGAAUCUUGAUGCUUUGUUGUUGAAUAACAACAGAUUUGAAUGUGGCAUUCCUGACACAAUAGGCAACUCUACAGUUUCUAUUGUUACAUUUGCCAAUAAUAACUUCUCUGGAUGCAUUCCUCGCAGUAUUGGUAAAAUGGCCAACUUGAAUGAGAUAAUUUUCACCAGUAAUUGUCUUACUGGUUGCUUUCCUGCAGAAAUUGGUAUGCUUGGAAAUGUUACAGUUUUCGAUGUCGGCUUCAAUCAGUUCGUAGGAAGCUUGCCGCAAGAUCUUUCAGGGUUGAAGAAGGUUGAGGAUUUGAACAUUGCUGGAAAUAAGCUGACAGGAUUAGUUCCUGAGAGCAUUUGCAGAUUACCUUGCUUGGCAAAUUUCACUUUUGCCUCUAAUUACUUUAACGGAGAGGAUCAAGCGUGCGUGCCUGAUUCUAGUACAGAUGUUGUGUUUGACGAUAGAGAUAAUUGUAUGUCUAAUAGGCCAAACCAGAAAUCUGCUCAGGUAUGUCAACCGGUGGUGAGCAGACCGGUGGAUUGCAGUAAGGACAAAUGUGCUGGUGGAGGAGGCUCUCCAAAUCCACCAACUCCUGCUACGCCGACACCAACACCUCCAUCACCGACACCGACACCGACACCGACACCACCAUCACCGAAAAUAGAAGUACCUGUGACUCAAUCACCACCCUCACCAACACCACCCUCACCGAAAAUAGAAGUACCUGCGACUCAAUCACCACCCUCUCCAACACCAACACCACCAUCGCCUGUCCCUCAAUCACCGCAAUCACCAAGAAUAGAAGUACCUGCCCCUCAAUCACCACCAUCACCGAUAUCAAUAUCAACACCACCGUCACCAGGGCCAGAGAUAUCACCAGCACCAUCAUCUGACCCACAUGAACCUUGGAAUCAUGGGCAUGGAAGACCACCAGCACCGGAACCAGCACCAGAACCAGCACCUGAGACAUCAAAACCACCAUCCCGAACUCCAGGGCCAUCUCCACCAAUCCAAUCGCCUCCCUCACCGCCCCCAGUUCAAUCUCCGCCAACUCCAGUUCACUCUCCCCCACCGCCAGUCCACUCGCCCCCACCACCAGUCCACUCUCCACCACCACCAGUCCAUUCUCCACCUCCCCCAGUCCACUCCCCUCCUCCCCCAGUUCAUUCCCCUCCACCACCAGUCCUUUCCCCACCACCACCAGUCCUUUCCCCACCUCCCCCAGUCCACUCCCCUCCACCACCAGUCCUCUCCCCACCACCACCAGUCCACUCCCCACCCCCACCACCUGUCCACUCACCUCCACCACCAGUUCACUCUCCACCUCCCCCAGUCCACUCACCUCCGCCACCAGUCUUCUCCCCACCUCCACCAGUGUUUUCUCCACCACCACAAGUCCAGUACUCACCUCCGCCACCAGUCUUCUCCCCACCUCCACCAGUGUUUUCUCCACCACCACAAGUCCACUCACCUCCGCCACCAGUCUUCUCCCCACCUCCACCAGUGUUUUCUCCACCACCACAAGUCCACUCACCUCCGCCACCAGUCUUCUCCCCACCUCCACCAGUGUUUUCUCCACCACCACCAGUUCACUCACCUCCACCACCUGUCUACUCACCACCACCACCUAUCCACUCACCUCCACCACCAACGCCCUCUCCACCACCACCAACACCCUCUCCACCACCACCAUCUGUAUCUCCUCCUCCUCCUACUGUUGUCCCUCCACCACCAACACCCUCUCCACCACCACCAACUGUAUCUCCUCCUCCUCCUACUGUUGUCCCUCCACCACCAACACACUCUCCACCACCACCAACUGUAUCUCCUCCUCCUCCUACUGUUAUCCCUCCACCACCGGUAGAUGACAUUGUUCUCCCACCAAAUAUCGGAUUCCAAUACUCAUCGCCGCCUCCACCAAUGUUCCCAGGAUACUAACUGAUAUAUACUUAAUUUUUGUAGUCUCAAAGGGCUAAUAUACAUUGAUACACACUUCUGUUCUGGAACUGUAACGUUUUCAUUUGACACUCUUCAUGGAAUGAAUAUUGUUUCUUAUUAUCUAACUAAUUAGACAUUGUAUAAUGAUUUCCCUCUUUCUUGUA